GGCUCCCCUACCCCUGAAGGCCCCCUCCAGACGCAGCUUCCAGGUCGCUCCGAGGGGCAGCCCCCCUCCCUUCGCUUACAGCACCAUCUAAAACCCUGGGGUAGCUCAUGUCUCCUGGCUUUGAGGAGAUGCAGCUUCCCCCCCUUGUCUGACCCCCCAGCAUUGCAUGAAAACGCUCCCCUCUGACCUUCAGUCCAGGCUCGCUAUUUUACCAGCUCCCCCGCCCCAUGGAGAAUGCCCCCCACUGCAUAGCAGCGCCUGGUGGGGAGAGCUCCUGGCGCUCAGAUCCCCCCAAAAUAUUGGGGUUUCCUGGACCUCUGGGCGCAGACUCGGGACCCCGCAGCCUGGAAGUCAGCGCUGAGGUGGACUGCUGAGCCCCCGCUCCCGACCUGAGCCCCGAACCUCGCCCAGCUGGGCUCUCUGGGACUGCAGCACCAGCCAGGCCCCCUGAUGGCACCAUGGAUCACCUGCUGCUCUAUGCCCUGGCCCUCUGCCUGGGCCUCUCCUGCGCCCAGCUGUGUCCCCCACGCUGCACCUGCCAGAACCUGUCCCCCUCGCUGGCCGUGCUGUGUGCCCGCGCUGGGCUGCUCUUCGUGCCCGCACUCCUGGACCAGCGCACAGCAGAGCUGCGGCUGACGGACAACUUCAUCGCAGCCGUGCGGCGCCGGGACUUUGCCAACAUGACGCGGCUGGUGCACCUGACCCUCUCCCGCAAUGCCAUCCGCCAGCUGGCGCCCUUUGCCUUCGCUGACCUGCGCGGCCUGCGGGCUCUCCACAUGGAUGGCAACCGCCUGCCGGCUCUCGGGGACCAGCAGCUUCGGGGCCUGCCCAACCUACGCCACCUCAUCCUGGGCAACAACCAGCUGCGGGCUGUGGCACCCGGUGCCUUCGAUGACUUUGCCACCACCCUGGAGGACCUGGACCUGUCCUACAACAACCUGGCCCGGGUGCCCUGGGAGACCAUCCGGCGCCUUAGCAACGUCAAUUCGCUCAGCCUGGACCACAACCUCAUUACCCACGUGCCCCAGGGCGUCUUUGCCGACCUGCGUAAGCUGGCCCGGCUGGACAUGACCUCCAACAGGCUGAAGAAGAUCCCCCUGGAUCCACUCUUCCUCCGUCUGCCUGUCUACGCCAAGUCCAAGGGCUCGCCCCUCUCCUCCCUCGUGCUGAGCUUCGGGGGCAACCCCCUGCACUGCAACUGUGAGCUGCUGUGGCUCCGGCGCCUGGCGCGAGAGGACGACCUGGAGACCUGCGCCUCGCCGCCUGAGCUCCUGGGCAAGUACUUCUGGAGUGUCCCGGAGGAGGAGUUUGUCUGUGAGCCGCCUGUCAUCACCCGGGGGGGGGGCGCCCGCCCCCCCGGCUGCCCCUGCCGGGGGGCGGGCGACCCCGAGCCAGCUGUGCACUGGGUCUCUCCGGAGGGGAAGCUGGUGGCCAACGGCUCCCGGACACUCGCCUACGAGAAUGGGAGUCUGGAGAUCCUGGUUGCCACCGUCAAGGACUCAGGCGCCUUCACCUGUGUGGCCUCCAACGCUGCCGGAGAGGCUACUGCCUCCGUGGAGCUGCUGGUCAGCCCCCUGCCCCAGCUCAGUGACGGCACCCACCCCCCGGCACCCGCCGCAGCUGGGCCCUCCGAUAUCCUCACCUCGGCCAAGGCAGGCACUAACACCAGCACCACCCUGCCGGAUGGGGGGGUGCUGGUCUCUGAACUCGCAGUGUCUUCCGUCCUCAUUCACUGGUUCCCACCACGGUCCGGGCCCAGCGUCCGCAUGUACCAGAUCCAGUACAACAGCUCCUACGAUGACACCCCGGUGUACAGGAUGAUCCCCCCCUCCAGCAGGGCCUUCCUGGUGAACGACCUGGCGGCAGGCCGGGCCUACGACCUGUGUGUGCUGGCCGUCUACGAUGACGGGGCGACAGCGCUGACAACCACCCGCCGCCUGGGCUGCGUCCAGUUCAGCACCCGGCCCGGCUACCCGCAGUGCCGCUCCCUGCACGCCCAUUUCCUUGGUGGUACCAUCAUCAUCAUCAUCGGCGGCAUCAUCGUGGCCUCCGUCCUGCUCUUCAUCAUCAUCCUCAUGAUCCGCUACAAGCUCCACGGUGGGCAAGAGGGGCACAAGAAGGCCAAGGUCAGCAACGUCUACUCCCAGACCAACGGCGGGCAGACCCCGGCCUCCCGGGCACAGGACGGGGCCGAGAGCAGGGUCAGGGGCCUCACCGGGAUGGUCCUGAGCAAGGACUGCGAGAAGGAGGUGGGCACGGGGGACACCCCAUCUCCCAGGAGGAGGACAUGGUCACGGACAAGUGUAGACCUCCAGAGCAAGUGCCCUGUGCCUGACAGAGCUGAGGAACAAGCUGCCCCAGCAGCAGUGGGUGAGAGGAGAUGGGCUGGCGAAUGGACAGACAUGAAGAUCUGAGCGGCCAAUGGCAGGAGCGUGGAUGAGCCAUCGGGGUGCCCCCAGGUGUGGGGGCUCCCUCAGCUGGGGGUGCCAGGAGCUGCUGCACUGGGCGUCUCCAUGGGGCAGUGUCACUAUCUCAUCUGCAGAGGAUCCCCAUGGUCACCAGAACCAGUGGGGACGCCCUCCUUGCCCCUGCAGGACUCCCCAUUUCAUUCCCCCCAAUCCAGCCUCUCCCGGGGCAGCCCGGACCAGAUGGGACCCUGAGAGCUGGACUGUGCCCCUUCCCCCCGCGGAGCAGGGCCUGUGAGGGGGCGCGGCCAGACAGGCGGGCUUUUCCAUGGACCCGUUUUUCCCGACGGUGCUGCCCACCCCUGCCCUGGCUCAGGGUUUGUCCUGGGCCCACAUGGCUGGCCCUGUGCUGGGGGCUCCCCUGCAGCUCCCGGAACCCUGCUCUUGCCCGCAGCCCCAGCAGCUGUUUUUCUACACACACCCCUUUCCGAACGGCACCGCAGCGGAAGAGAGUCGGAGUCAGCAGGAUCAGCGCAGGCCCCCAGCCGGGGCAGCAGCUCCCUGUCCUAGCCUCCCCACCCACUGAUUCUGCAGUUGCUAAUGCCACACUGGAGUGGAGUCACAGGGUGCCAGUCCCACAGCUCGCUGGACUAGAGACCCCACCAUCCUCUGAAACAGAUUCCAGCCACAGGCAUUAGUGGUGAUCACCAGAGGGGCCAGUGCUACAUCUAGACUACAAAGAAUUCCCCCAAAGGGCAGAACUGAGAGACCCCUUGCCGGUGACACCGGGCAGUGCAGGCUGAGAGGCAGUGAAUAAGCUGCAUUCUCCUACCCUUCCUCAGUCUCUGGCUGCACUGAGCUCCGUGGAGCUAACCAUGGGUGCUCAGCUUCAGGAGCAGAUGCAAACUCCCGGGGUAAUGAGAAACAGCCACAUCCAGGCACCUGGCUAGUUCCUCAUCCUGCCUUCAAGGGGAUGACUUUGACCUACCCCCAUGUGUCUAGUCACAGCCCUGCUCUGUGCUGUUAGCCAGCACCCCGGCAGGCAGGCUGGUGAUGGGAUCGCUGCUGACAGCUCGGAGGUGACUUUUAUCUGGAGCAGCCGUGUGUGACUGCACUGAACUGGGCCUGGGAGACAGCACUAACUCCAAAAUGUGAGUGCCUGCGCAUCCAGACAUAUAAUUUAUGCUAUCAUGUGCUGAAAGUGUCCGUCUGCUAUGUACAUUGGACAAACAUCUCAGACACUUCGC